AUGGGAAUUGUUCAAAUAUCAAAGAAUAAUUUAUCUGACUUUGAUUUUUAUGUCUUAACAGAGUAUUUCGAUGAUAGAUUGAAUCACACUGGAGGUUCUGUUACAUCUUCCUCCCCUCUUAAAUACUACAAGAAUCAGGAAAGUGAUAGCAGCGAUGAUCUUGGGGAAGAAAACAGCGAUGAUGAUGAAAAAGGCAAUGAUGAUGAAAACGGUGAUGAUGGUAGAGAAAAAUGUUCCAAAUUUCAGAAAAUCAUGUUUCAAACAUCAAAGAAUUUGAAUUUUGUUCAGAGGGAAAGACAACAAACAAUUAGAAAUGGCUGCAGCAACUUUCACCAAAAUGACACAACCCAGUCUUUUCUUGAAAGGCUUAAUAAUAAUAUACAGUUUUAUGACAAUCUUGGUUUCUUGUAUUGCCGAAUUCAGAAAGUAGGAUCUACCUUUUUACGAAAGACAUUGAAAACAUUAUUUGCUGGAUUGGAAUAUGAAAUUCUGCAAGGGGAAAGUAUCCUUCAUAAUCGAACACAGGAAUUUAAAGAGUGUCUAUCGAAAUUGCCAAAAUUCAUGUUUGUUCGUGAGCCCUAUGGCAGAGCACUCUCUGGAUAUGUAGACAAACUUUUUGCUCCUAAUCCUUUUUACUGGAAGUUAACAGGACGACAUAUCGUAAAGAUUGUGAGAGGAAGGAAUGCCAGUAACUCAUCACUGAGUUGUGGACAUGACGUCACUUUUCCAGAAUUCAUGAAAUACGUGAUUAUCUCCCAAAAAACAUCAAGAGACCGUGAUCGGCAUUUUUAUCCAAUGUCUGAGCAUUGCUUUCCCUGCAGUAUAAAGUAUGACUUUAUUGGGAAAAUGGAAACAUUUGGUGAAGACGUUGCACAUUUAUUGGAUUACUUAAGUUCACAAUUUCCUGUGGCAGUGCCAUAUGAUGAUUUUGGACAGAAAUCUGAUUGGAAUAUCGCACAAGAUUAUGUCGAUCAGCUAUUCUAUUUUAAAAAAGAAAUGGAAUUAUGUGAACCAUUUCAUAAAUCACUUCUUCGAUUCUGGCGAGAUCUUCAGAUUCGAGGAAUAAUACCUCUAGAAGUCAAAAUGCCUUUCACAUCACCAGAAGAGAAAAUCACAAAAUCAGAAGUGAUUGAUAAAAUUACCGAUAUCAUACAAUCGAUACAAAAUCGUACAAAAUUAGAAGAACAGAGGUUGGAAGCAAAACUAGAAGCUUUCAGUCAAAUACCUAGAGAUAUUUUAAAGGAAUAUACUGAGCUUUAUAGAGCUGAUUUUGAGCUUUUUGGCUAUCCUAAAAACCCAUGUUUUCUUGGAAACGGAACAACUCCUUCCUCUAAAAAGUUCAAAUACUUUAACAUUUUUGACUUGUAAUGUUGAUUUCGUCAAUAUGUGUUGAUGCCUUGCUGGUUUUAUGGAAGAGGACAGUCAAAUGAUUGUUGAUUAUUGUUUGAAAAAGCAAUUUUAAACUAGAAUCUAUCGAGGGGGAUAUAAGAAUUA